AUGCCGCGGGGCCGGCCUCGCAAACUGAGAGUUAAAAGCAACGACGAAACAGAUGUGGAUCCCAGUGAAACUAAAGGGGAAAGUUUCAGUGAUGGAGAGCUCAAGGACAAGAAGUGCACGAUAUGCUGUCAGAUCUUCACCACUGAGAGUCAGCUGCAGAAGCAUCUCCGUGAACAUGAGGUCAACGAUAAGCCCCAUCGAUGUGACCUGUGCCCACAGACAUUUAACGUGGAUUUCAACCUCACCCUCCACAAGUCCACACACACCACCUCUGACUUCACCUGCCCCGUGUGCAAUAAGAAGUUCUCCCGCAUCGCCAGUCUCAAAUCUCAUAUCAUGCUGCACGAGAAGGAGGAGAAUCUGAUCUGCGCAGAGUGUGGAGAUGAGUUUGUUCUCCAGAGCCAGCUCUCUCUGCACUUGGAGGAGCACCGUAAGGAGCUGUCGGGCAUCAAGGUCUAUACCUGCAAGACCUGCGAAAAGGAGUUCAAGACGUCUUCACACCUCAAGGAGCACACAAAGAGUCAUGUCAAGAUGAGGCCGCUCACCUCUAGCUCCAGAAACUACAAGAAAAACAUUGAUCGCAGUGGGUUCACAAACAGCUGCCAUCACUGCGGAAAAGCGUUCAAAAAGCCCAGCCAGCUCGUCAGACACAUACGAAUACACACAGGUGAGAGGCCCUACAAGUGCACACAUUGCGGCAAGGCUUUCAACCAGAAGGUGGUGCUGCAGACUCACAUGGUGAGACACACUGGAGAGAAACCUCACCUCUGCAUGUUCUGCCCUGCUUCCUUCUCCCAGAAGGGGAACCUGCACUCCCACGUUCAGAGAGUUCAUUCUGAGACUAAAGGGGUUCCGCUGUUCCCGUGCAUGGACUGCAGCUGUGUAUUUAAGAAGCUGGGCAGUCUGAACGCCCACAUCAGCAAAAUGCACAUCUCUGUGAUUGAGGUCCCAUCCAGCACUCCGGAGACAGAGACGACAGGUCAGGGUCCGGGGGGUUCAGAGGGCGGCGAGGGGGUGACAGAUGUCAUCCAGCAACUUCUAGAGCUGUCUGAACAGGUCAGCGGGGAGACAGCCCAGCCCCAACCUCCAGAGCCAGCAAUUGUCAUGGAAACUGCCAUCAACCAGGACAUCUUGCAGCAAGCUCUGGAGAACAGUGGGCUGAGUGUGGUCCAGCCGCAGGGUGAUGCCACAUCCAGAGACUCACAGAGCCAGACCACCGAGGGCGCCGUGGUAGAAAGCAAGAAAGUACAAGGUCCAGACAAACCCAUCAGGGAGAAGAAAAGGAGCAUUUUCAAGAAACCUAUACAAAUGCCAGGCUCCAUUAGGGAAGAGAAUGGCGUUCGCUGGCAUGGCUGUCCAUACUGCUCCAAGGAGUUCAAGAAACCGAGUGACCUUGUUCGCCACAUCCGCAUUCACACCCACGAGAAGCCUUUCAAGUGCAAACAGUGCUUCAGAGCUUUUGCUGUCAAGAGUACCCUCACUGCACAUAUGAAAACGCACACGGGUAUCAAGGCCUUUGAGUGUCAGUGCUGUCUGAAGUGCUUCUCCACUUCUGGAAGCAUGAAGGUACACAUGCGACUGCAUACAGGUGUGCGUCCUUUCCCCUGCCCUCACUGUGACAAGAUCUUUCGUACAUCAGGCCACAGGAAGACACACAUUGCUUCUCACUUCAAAAGCCUGCAGCAGAAGAAACACAAAUUUCCACGGAAAACCAACAAAGCCAAAGUGUCAAAGAGUAAUCUACCUCUGCCUGAUAUUCCCCUGCAGGAACCCAUCCUCAUCACUGACUUUGGCCUCAUCCCAUCGCAGAACCCUCGCCUGGCUUUCCAGCAGUACCUGGAGGUGGUGGGCAAUGACCGGCCUUAUAAGUGCCAGUUCUGUAGUAAGGCCUAUAAGAAAUCAAGCCAUCUGAAACAGCAUGUCAGGUCUCACACAGGAGAACGGCCCUACAAGUGUGUGCAGUGCAGUCGAGGUUUUGCCUCCUCUGGAGUGCUCAAAGCUCACAUCAGGACACACUCAGGCCUAAAGGCAUACAAGUGCCUGAUGUGCGACACGACAUUCACUACCAGUGGCAGCCUGCGACGCCACAUGACCACCCACAGUGAUCUACGACCUUACAUGUGCCCCUACUGCCAGAAGACCUUCAAGUCAUCGCCAAACUGCAGGAAGCACAUGAAGACACACAGGUAUGAACUGGCGCAGCAGCUGCAGCCCCAGUCAACAGAAGACCCACUGGGAGCAGGCGCUGUUGCCCAUGAUAUGCAGGUGGAAAUAGAGGGUGACUCCCUCCAGCAGCCACCUGUCACCUCAGCAGAGCAGCAAAGCAUGCUGGGACUGGGCCAGACAGAGGUUGUGAAUGGAGGUCAACAAGUGACACUGGAGGCGCCCCUGAGUGAUCAACCACUGGUACAAGGAGAAGACUCAUAUGUGACUACCCAACAUGCUUUGCCUCCGAAUAUCAGCCAGUUUGAGACACCAGCACUUCCUCAGCCUGCCUUUGACCAGCAAGCUCUAACGCAAGGCUUCACCAUCACCGACUCGAGCUACAAUCAGUCCCAGUUCUCCACCGUCCAGCAGCUGCAGGAUUCCAGCACCCUGGAGUCUCAGGCUUUGUCCUCCAGCUAUCACCCACCCAAUCUGCUCCAUGUUCCCAGUGCUGAAGUGACGAAUGGGCUUCUUCAGCAGAGCAGUCAGAAUGAGCUUCAGCUGACUGAGACACAGGAUUACCAGGACAGCAGUGAGGACAACACCAAGAGAGCCUACAGGUGCAAUUGGUGUAAUAAAGGCUUCAAAAAGUCAAGCCACCUGAAGCAGCACGUGCGCUCCCACACUGGGGAGAAACCAUAUAGAUGUCACCUCUGCGGGCGAGCGUUUGUGUCAGCCGGAGUCCUGAAGUCCCACCUCAACACGCAUACAGGAGUGAAGCCCUUUAAGUGUAAUGUUUGCGACGCCUCAUUCACCACCAAUGGCAGCCUGAACCGCCACAUGAUUAUCCACAUCAAAUCUUUCAAAUGCUCCAUGUGUGACGAGAGCUUCAGGACCAGCCUGCUGUGUAAAAAGCAUAUGAAGAAGGAGCAUGCUGUGGAGGAACAAAUUAUAGGUCUGGAAAGUCAAGAUGUUGAUGAAGAGGAGGAUGACGAGGACAGCGAGCAAAAGUUGUCUAAGAGGAGGGGCUUGGAAAUCAUCACUUUUACUGAGGAACAGGCGGCCGAGCUGGCGAAGGAUCCCGGCGAGGAGGCCUCGGUGUCGGAGCGGAUCCUCGCCCAGUCGGCGGCUGAGAGGGAUCGGAUCAGCGAGAUCAAAGACAAGGCCGUGGAGCUGGAGACAGAACCUAAGUUUGCAAACUGUUGCAGUUACUGCCCCAAGAGCUUCAAGAAGCCCAGUGACCUUGUCAGGCACAUCAGGAUCCAUACAGGAGAAAGACCUUUCAAGUGCGAAGAAUGUGGGAAGAGUUUUACAGUGAAAUCUACCCUGGACUGCCAUGUGAAGACACAUACGGGUCAGAAACUGUUCAGCUGUCACAUGUGCAACACCUCCUUCUCUACAAAGGGCAGCUUAAAGGUGCACAUGCGUCUCCACACGGGCUCCAAGCCCUUCAAGUGUCCCUUCUGUGAACUCCGCUUCAGAACAUCAGGCCAUCGCAAAACACACAUCCAGUGCCACUUCCGGCCAAAUAGCGACAGCCGCAAGUCCAAGCGGUCUGCCUCAUCUGCCGGUCAGACCAGUCAGGGUCAAGACCCAGGGGUGGGGCAGACUGUGGCCUCGGGCCAGGGCCAGCAGCCAGCUGGGUCAGAGGCUCUUCAAUCUGUGGGUCUGCUACAAACGCCCAACUCUGACCCCAGCAUUUACCUCCCGACCAACCAAGUCCUGACGGGGCAGUUUGACCAGAAUCUGCUGCAACCAGGACUGGUGGGACAGGCCAUCCUGCCUGCCUCCAUGUCAGCUGCAGGCGACCUGACUGUGUCUCUCCCAGAUGGCCUGACCACAUUGGAUGGCAUCCACCUGCAGUUGACGCCUGCCAACCUGGUUUGCCCCAAUGUCCAGAUCUCUGGCAUCGAUACCAGCAACAUCAACAACAUCACACUACAGAUUGACCAUGCCCUCCUCCAGCAGACCUUGCAGCAGGGCAGCCUCCUCUCUCAUCCCCUGAGCGUUGACACUGGCCUGGUGUCCCACUCUGGCAGCCAGCUCAUGUCCACCACUGACCCCUCGGUGUCUGCCAAUGUCGUCAUCCACCCACUGACCAGCCUGGCCCUGCAGCCGUCCACCAUCACACCUGCGCAGGUCACCAUGGCCGGCCUGUCUGAGCAGGAUGCCGCAGGAUCUCAGGACCUAAGCCAUGUCAUGAGCAGCUCUGGGCUGGUAGCCGGAGGCAGCAAUGGUCAGGAGAUCACGCUGACCAUCAACAACUCCAGCCUGACACAAGCCCUAGCCCAGGUACAGGCCCAGGCCUCGGCUGCUGGUUCCAACACUGCAGCAGGAAACCCUCAAGAGAUCACCCUCACCAUAUCAGGUCAAGAUCUGCUCCCCCAGCAUAGCAACCCUAAUGGUGCCGAGAUGAACGGCAGCAUCAGGCUGGCAUCACCGCUCAGCAGCCAGCCCACCAGUGCAACUUUGACCAUCACCAAUGACCACCUCCUACCUCAGAGCCCCGCCAACACUGGAAUGGCAGUGACCAGCCUGCCACCUAGCACCACCCUGUCACAUACUGCUGCGUCCCAGAGCCUAGUGAUGUCACCAGGAGGCGUGGCCAGCGAUGGCAGUGUCACACUAACCCUUGCUGAUGCACAGGGUAUGCUGGAUGGUGUCACUCUAAACCUCAAUGCACAGGGUCAGACAUUUCCUGCUGUGCUGAAUGACUCUGGUCUGCCGGGGCAGUCAGCCAGCUCAGGCCAGCAGGUCAUCCUGGUCAGCCACCAUUCCCAGUCUGCAAACGGAGCCUCUGACAAUGGAUAUAAUAUUUCUGACGAUGGGCACAAGGCUGGGAAGGAUGCCCAAACGGAGGGCGACAAUCGGAACCAGUGUUACUACUGUAAUCAGGUGUGCCAGAACGCCAACACACUGCGACGCCACUGCAGGCAAGCUCACGGCAAGGACCGCUGUCAUGUCUGCAGCCUCUGCAACAAGGCUUUCAAGCGAGCCACACACCUGAAGGAACAUGAACGGGUGCACCAGCCGGGCCCGUCGCCCAGCUCCCAGAAACCCAGAGUCUUCAACUGCUCCUCCUGCGUGAAGGCCUUCGCCAAGCGUAGCCAGCUGGAGAGACACAACCGAACACACACAGGCGAGCGCCCCUUCAAAUGCAGUCAGUGCGACAAGGCCUUCAACCAGAAGAGCGCUCUGCAGGUCCACAUGGUCAAACACACUGGAAAGAAGCCCUUCAAGUGUGAGGUGUGCAGCAUCAGGUUUACGCAGAAGAGCAACAUGAAACACCACAUGAAGAGAUCCCAUGGCUACGGUCAGAUCCAGGAAGUGUCCCUGGGCCAAGAAGAAACGGCACCUCAGGUGGAGGUCACCCCUGAACUCGACCUGGAGGUUGUUCCUGAAUCAUCCGGAGAUUGGCAAAAUGUCUUCCCCUGACCACAAACCAGGAGUCCCAGGAGUCAGAAAGCACUGUACAGUGUACUAAGCACUGAUUUUUGUUCAACAACUAAACAACAAAGCUUUGCCAAACAUAUUCCUCCUCUAAAAAGGGUUAGUAAACAUUUUCCAUAUGCUCCACUGUAUAUUGAGGGCUUUUUCUCUAGUUGCUGUCCCUUUCUGUUUGUCCAAAUUAGCAGUGAAGUAAGAGGAGCCUGGUUCCCUCUGAUUGGCUUAAUGACUUGUAUCUGUUUUGCUACUGUCUGAUUGUUAUCAACAUGAUAACCUCCGGAGAGGUUUGGCUCAAUAAACGCAGGCAUCCCAGAGGAUUCUCCAACCAGGAGACGCAGGUCCCUCUAGCGCUGAACCUGUCGGAAAGAGAGGAAACUGAACUGUGUGAAAAAGCUCCCCAAAAACAGGUGUCUUGUGUCUCGUGUCUUCAUUAUUGCUCUGCUCACAGGGACGUACGCGUAGCUGCAAACUACUCUACUGCUGUCAUCACUUCAAAAGCAACUGUGGAACAGCACAUAACACAGAAAUCAUUUUUCACUGGUUUAUGAGAAAUCUGUCUUUUUUUAAUUAUGUUGUUUUUUUUACUUAUUUAUACUGUACAUAUUUCAUCUUGAAGUGAAACGUCACUUGCAGUUUGUUACAAAUGUUUUAGUGAGAAAGCAGCGCCACACAUGUCUGUAAAGAUUGCCAGUGAGCUGUGAGGACACUGUUCUGGGUUUGAUGCUGUUGCAGCUUUUUGACUGAACAUGUCAACAUUGCAUUUCCUGUUGUUGUAUCAUUUAAAUCCGCAACACAGACAUUGUCUGUACAGUAGUUCAUUUUGUAAAUAGUGUAGUUAGAUUGUGUAUAUUUUCUGAUGAACUGCCACAACAUGGAGUUGUUGGAAAUACGUAAUUUGGACAUAAUGUUGAAGUUGUUAUGAAACGAAUCCGAUGUACAGAUAAUAAGCUGUUUUUUCCCUCU